AUGAAUUCGGGCAUCGUGCGCUACUCCAACGUCCAGCACGACGACGGCUGCUGCACCAAGAAGAGACGCUUCAUGCGCAAGGACGGCAGCUGCAGCACGGCGUUCCGUCGCGUCCCCGGAGAGUGGCUUCCGUACAUGGCGGACAUCUUCACCACCCUGGUGGAAAUCCGCUGGAGGGUGAUGCUCUUGGCGUUCGCGCUGUCCUACAUCCUUUCCUGGCUCUUCUUCGGGACCCUGUUCUGGAUAAUAGCGCUGGCGCACAGCGACACGACGGAACCGAGCAACGAGCCGUGCGUGUACGAGGUACGAAGCUUCACGGCGGCGUUCCUGUUCUCGCUCGAGACGCAGACCACCAUCGGGUACGGGGCGCGAGGCAUGUCUGAGAGCUGCACGAUCGCCAUCGUGGUCGUUACCAUCCAGGACAUCAUCAGCGUCCUCAUCGACACCGUCGUGAUCGGGAUCAUCGUCGCCAAGAUGGCAUCCGCGAGGAAGAGAGCGCAGACCGUCGGGUUCAGCAACAGCGCCGUGAUCAACGUCCGUAACGGUCAUCUGUGCCUGUCCUGGCGGGUGGGAGACUUCCGUCGAAACCACAUGGUGGAAGGAACCACACACGCCCAGCUGGUCAGACACGCCGUCCAUUCCACCGGCAAGGCCGACAUGACCUAUCAUGACCUCGAGAUCCAAAACAGCCACGUAAUUCUGGCCACUCCGGUCACCGUCAUCCACCGGAUCACCCCCAGCAGCCCUCUGUACAGGACCAGCCCACGGGAGCUGAGAAAAGAGAGCUUCGACCUGCUGGUGUCUUUUACCUACACGGACGACUGCAGCGGGAUCCUUCACCAGUCCCGGACCUCCUACACUCCCGGGGAAAUCCUGUGGGGUCAGUGCUUUCAGGACAUGCUCCGAAUUUCCCAGAAGUCUUACAGCGUAGAUUAUGCCCUCUUUCACCAAACGGUUAAAGUACCGAUGUUAGAAAUGAGCGCAGAGGAUUACGAGCGAGACAAGCACUGUCCGAACCAUGAACACAGCACACAAGCGACCGGUCCUCCCACAGGGGCGCCAAACCCGGGCGCAGUUAUAGAUCAGAAAUGUACAAUAAUCAGGAAUAUUAUUCACGAGGAACAGUUGUAG